AUGCAUGAAAUUUCGGGAUUCAUAAAGGAAGUCGUGGACCAAACAGAGGUGAAUUUGAGGCGGAUCCACGCCUUGGGAGUGAAAAAGGUAGGAAUAGCUUCGCUGCAACCACUUGGAUGCCUUCCACGUGUCACCGUGGUAUCUUCGUUCCAUCAAUGCGAUGAGGCAAUGAACGCGAUGAUGAACCUACACAACAACUUAUUAAACCAAGUAGUGGCCAAGCUCAACAAUGAAGCCAAGCAAUUGACUUUUGUAUAUCUCGAUUACUACAACGCUUUCUUGAGCGUUUUCAAGAACAAAGGAGCUAGUCUAGGGAGUACGAGGUUUGAAACCCCGUUGAAACCGUGUUGCGAAGGUGAUUGCGCGAUUGUUGACAAGAAAGGUGUGAAGAAGUAUACAUUAUGUAAAGAUCCUAAGUCUGCUUUCUUCUGGAAUGAUGUUCACCCCAGCCAAGAAGGAUGGAGUUCGGUUUACUCGGUAUUAAGCAAACAUUUAAGCGAGUCUUUGAUUAAAGCGUAA